CGCCCUUAAGUGGCUCCUGUUCCUCGCUACCUGGAUCCGCGUCGCCCCAUCCACUCUCUCGCCCGAACCACACGCCGCACCGAUCCCGCACCCGCACAGCCCAUCAGCGACCUCGCCGGAGAAGAGAGAAGAAGGUGAGAGAUGGAAGCGGCGGCGGCCACGGCCGGCGUGCAACUGGGCUCCUCGAAGCCGCUGAUCGCGACCCAGCUGGGCUCCUCCGUCGACCCGUGCCAAGUUCCUCGAGGAGUUUGCGCGGCGGUUCAACCUCCUCGGGCUGGUCCGAUUUGGGACGGAGGUAGUGAGCGUCCGCCGUAGCAGGGCCGACGACGCGGGCUGGAGGGUGAGGCUCGCCUGCGCUGGCAGCGAGCUGGAGGAGGAGGUUUGACGCCGUGAGAUCAAUCGCUGAAUGCCAUGGGCGCCAGUCAGAAGCUGCAGGGCGAGAUCGACCGCGUCCUCAAGAAGGUCCAGGAGGGCGUCGACGUCUUCGACAACAUCUGGAACAAGGUCUACGACACCGAGAAUGUGAACCAGAAGGAGAAGUUCGAGGCGGACCUCAAGAAGGAGAUCAAGAAGCUGCAGCACUACUGGGACCAGAUCAAGACCUGGAUCCAGUCCAGCGAGAUCAAGGACAAGAAGAUACCUUGGUAUGGGAUGAAGUGAAGAGUGCGGAGUCACUUGAUCUUCGGUACCCGCGUGUGCUCUACCGACCGCCAUGACGGGCGUUCUCUGUUUUGCCGCCUUCUUCCACCUCCGCCUCCUCCCACCUCUUCUUUGUUGGGUGUAGUCGAAAUCCGUGACAACAAGCUAGCUAGCUAGCAACCAUGUCUCUUGCCAUGUCCAUAUAUAUACAUCCUUCUCCAUUGUAGAUCCAUUGUAUUUGU